ACACAUCAGAAAACGAUGAAGUCAGUGUGUAGAAGACGUAAACUUGUCUUCGUCUUCCAUUAUCAAAAUCGUUUUUAAUACGCUGAACGUUGGUAGACAACAAAAACAUUAACCACGGAGUCCUACCGUAUCCUAGACUACAAAUGGUCAGCACAGGGUUACACACCAUACAUAUGGGUAGAUUGAACAACACUCCCCACUGUGUAUCAUUAUAUUUGCACUUUUAUAGUUUCACUAACGCAAAGUAAUGCAAUAAGAUCAGAACCAUGAAAUAACAUAAAAUAGAAAAAACUUAGUUUAAAUAAAUACCUCAAAAAAGUAAACCAGAAAUUCCUUUUUUUGCCUGCAAAAUAUGGAAAUAUGCUAGAUAACAUUCUUGGAGAUACAGACUGAUCUCAUUCUUAUUCUAUUUUCAGAUGCCGAUAUGUCACCUGUCCGUCAAUGUCAGAUUUUCUUUGAAUGAAGCUCUGGAUAAAGACUUAAUUAGCAGCACAUGAUGGACUCCACAGAAGCAGAGGCUUCAACCCACAGUGAGAGAAGAGAAGACACCGCGCCAAGCACAUCAAAUACCUCAGGCCAAGGACAAGCUGGACCAACAAAGCCAAAGAAGGCGUCGUUGAAGAGGACCAAUGGUAAGCCUACAGAUGCAAAAGCCAAGAAGCAUAAAAAGGCCAGAGUCUCCAGGCCUGCCCAGCCUGGCUACACUGUCCAUCAAGGGGAAGACAUGCUUCUUGUCAUAUCGAGUUCUACUUCUCAGUACGAUGGUCCAGCCUGGACCCUCCCAAAGAAGGGAAGCAAAAAGAAGAAGCUCACUAAAGGAAAAGUGAAAGCUAAACAGAUUAAGAAGAAGAAGAAGAAGAGGAAGACAGUCCAUGCUAUGGCUAAACCGGCAAAUAUGCCAGUUCCCAAGGAAAAGGAGAGUGACUUGUUUGUGCCACAGAAAGCAACAGACCACAGAUGGGGUCAAAGUCUUCCUGAGGAGGUGCUAAUCAGUAUUUUUCAGAUGGUGGUCGUCCAAGAUGGUGCUGUACCAUUUCUCUGCAGGGCGGGGAGAGUUUGCCGUCUGUGGAACGCUGCUGCCUCCAGCCCGGUCCUGUGGCGUAAAGUGACUGUAGGUCACUGCUGGAUUGCUCCAGCGAAAUCUCAGCUACCUAAAACUGAGAAGAAGAUUAAGGACACUUUUAACUGGCUGGCACAGAACAGGUUCUCUCAGCUACGAGACUUCUCUCUCUGUCACUGGUCAAAGAAUGUUACUACCUAUGCAGUAGAGGUUGUGGCGCAGUUCUGCCCUCACCUUCGCUCCCUCAAGCUCUCCUACUGUACCGGCCUGACAGCAGCAGCCUUCCACACACUGGCUCUACACAGCCGGUCUCUGCAAAGCAUGAAUCUCCAAUAUUCAGAGUUUCAGGUUGAGGGACUCCUGGAGUACCUCGAAAAUCAUGGGAGCCAGAUCAAGCAAAUGUUGUUCACUCAUGGACUAAAGAACGACAGACUUCUAACUGCAAUCACCAGGGGGAACUGUCCUGAUUUGGAGUUGCUGGAGGUCAACACUAAGCUCGACAGUAAAGAUUGUGAACUUCCCGUUUGCAUCCAGGCACUACAGAUGGCCUGCCCUAAACUCAAGACCUUCCGGAUGCUGAAUGUCAGACCUCUACAUAAGACGAUGCGUAAUGGCGCCGACUCAACACUAGGCUUCCCGUUGCUGGAGGAGCUGUGUAUCGCAACCACCUCUUUUUCCUACAUGACAGACAAAGACUUGUUGGACAUCCUCUUUGGCUCCACCAGGCUGCGGGUGUUGGACCUGCGAGGCUGUUCUCGAAUCACACCCUCCGGUCUCACAACACUACCCUGUCUUGGGCUUGAGUGUCUGUUCUGGGGACAGUAUUUCAGCAGCAAUGUUGCGUUGCCAUCACCUAAGAAGGGGCUUCACAUGGUGACCCAGAAAUGGAGUCGAACACUGCAACAGCUUGACAUCGCAAACCAGCUCUUCUCCGGGGAGGACUUGGAGAUGGCGAUGAGUCACCUUGCCCACGCCACAGAGGCAGAUACCCUGCACUCACUAAACCUGAGUGGCACCAGGAUCACACCACCUGCCCUCAGGCCAGUCAUCGGCCAAAUGAGUGCUCUUAGCUACCUCAACAUUUCAUCCUGCCGUUAUCUUCCAAGAGGACUGAAGAGAAUUUACCGUGGCCAAGAGGACAUUCGCCAGCUGCUGGACAAAUUGAAGUAGUCGUCAUAUUCAUUUAGUUCCAGAAAUGGAUCCAGGCUUAGGUGAAUGCCGUAAAGCAGAGGUCCCCAACCUUUUUUGCGCCACGGACCGGUUUGAUGUAAAACGAUAUUUUCACGGACCGGCCUUCAAGGUGUGGCGGAUAAACACGCUGAAAUAAAAUGAUACUAUCGGCAUGAAAACA